ACAGGGGUAAACAAUACCUGCCUAUUCUAAACAAAGAAAGCGAGGUGGUUCACAAAGUAUUUCUUACUGUGAGAGAAGGUACAGGUAUGAUCAGUAGGGCUUGUCUUGAGCAGUUCAGUCUAAUUUGCUGUGUCCAAAACCCAGUACCUACUGCAGCAGGCAUGAGCAAUUCCUGCGUGACAUUGGCCGAGGUCCUUUGGGCAAAAGGAAGCCCUCUGGAGGAAGAAGAAAUAUGGGCACUCCUGUACCUGUCCACAGUGCAGCUUCUGGAGGAUCUUCACAAAGACCCUGCCAUCUGUGUGAUUUGCCCGUGGUCACUACUAUUGUCUGCUGAAGGAAAUUUGUUUUUCCAAAACAAUGCAUCUCAGACAGAAGCUGCCCCUUUCAGUCCACCAGAAUUGCUCCACCGCCCAAGUAAAAACCAACACUUUGGACUAACAAAGAUGCUGGUGUAUUCCUUAGGAAUGACCCUCUAUUGGUCAGCAGAUUACCAGGUUCCUCCAAACCAGUCCCUCCAGCUGAGUGACCAACUACACACACUCUUGCUGACACUGUGUGAAGAUCUGCCACAUAGAAGACUUUCUCCUGAAUCCGUUCUGGAAGCAUGUGAAGCACGUCAGAAGGAAUCUGCUUCCUUACCAGCAAAAUUCUACAUAAAGAAAAUGGUUCAGUUUGCAGUGGGAAGUGUCAGCGAGACAGAGCAGGUGGCCACUGAGGACAGCACAGCCUCUCAGCUGAACAGAAGCCAUGUGAUAAGGAAAAGGCUGCAUGAAAACAUAUCGGACACCUCAACUCUGGCAUCCCAGAUGAAUUUUCACCAAGACAAAGGGCCCAGAUUAAUGAACUAUAGUCAGUCAACAGAAGAUUACAGACAACUCUCUGUGGAUUGUAGUGAUUCUAAUAGUAUUUCUGAAAGUACAUCUUUGAUACUGUCUAACCGAGGACACAGGAAAGGAAGAAUUCCAGAGACACACAGAUCAUGUGACACCACACUUAGUGGGUCAAGGACACAAAGUAGCUACAAGCUCUUCAUAAACAGGUCGGUGAGUGCUGUAGAAGAAAUCCCGGGUGGAACUGCGAAGAACAGCCGACAGAACCUGAUAAGCUUGGGAUCCACCUUCUCUGUGUCCACAAAGGACUCCUCAGCAGCUGCCGCAUCACAGAAAUGUUUGUUCCACAGGAAGGAAAAGUUUUCAGGUCCAGAAUUUAUUAUUUUGUCAAGUGAACCACCAGUGACCUUACAGCUGCCUGGAUCAAUUGUGACUAAAAAAGGGAAAUCCUAUUUGUCCCAAAGGGAUCUCAAUGUGAUUCUACUCAAUGGCCAGUGCCUUGAGGUGCAAUGUGAUAUCAAGACCAAGGCAAGAGAUGUUUUCAACACUGUGGUGGCAUAUGCAAACUUGGUGGAGCAUUUCUACUUUGGCUUGGCUUACCUGAAAGGUAAAGAAUUCUUCUUUUUGGAUGAGGAGACCAAACUCUACAAAGUGGCUCCAGAUGGCUGGAAUGACCAACCCAAGAAGAAAAUGUCCAUCAUAAAUUUCACACUCUUUCUAAGGAUAAAAUUUUUUGUCAACCACUUUAAUGUUAUUCAGCAUGGCUUGACAAGGCACCAGUUUUACCUGCAGCUUCGUAAAGAUAUUUUGGAGGAGCGAUUAUAUUGCAGUGAUGAGACUGCCCUGAAACUCGGCGCUUUGGCUUUACAGGCAGAGCUUGGCAAUUAUGCUUCUGAGAUGCAUGGAAAGAGCUAUUUUCGUGUUGAAGACUACGUUCCAGCAAGUCGAAUAGAGAAAAUGACCCUGGCAUAUGUACAGCGAGAGCUUGCUAAACUACAUCGUAUGAAUCGCUCCCUAUUUGAGGAUGAAGCUGAACUAGAAUUUUUAAAGGUGACUCAGCAACUUCCUGAAUAUGGAGUGUUAUUCUAUCGUGUGUCCCAAGAGAAGAAAGGGACAGAAGGGGACAUCAUCCUGGGAAUCUGUGCCAAAGGCAUCAUCGUCUAUGAGAAUAAAAAUCACACAAGAAUUGCCAGUUUAAGAUUCCAGUGGCGAGAAACAGAGAGAAUUUCAGCUCACAGAAAAAAAUUCAUGAUCGAAAGCAGCUUCAGUGGCAAGAAACACACCUUCAUUACUGAUACAGCAAAGACAUGUAAAUACCUACUGGACCUCUGCUCUGCCCAGCACAAAUUCAAUGCACAGAUGAAUUCUAGGCAACUUCGUCAAACUUCAUCAGAGGAUAGUAAAUUUGUGGAAAUAGACAAAUCAAAUCCUGCAUGUGCAGCUCAGCAUGAACACCUUGCUCUUAUUCAGAGACUGUCUCGCUCAGAGAAUGUGCUCUAUGGAGCAAACCUGGAAAACCUUUCUGCUGGGAUGAUGAGCAGAUCUUGUGAUAACCUCAGUGUGGAAACCAACAACAGGACUAGAGACAAAAGCAAUCUUGGCAGAUCUGUAUCAGGGCUAUCCCAGUCAGAAAUGCACAUCAAUUUGAAUGGAAAACAAAGGAGUUAUGACUUCCUCUCUAUCCAUUCUACUCAGAACACAAUCAGUGCACCUGGAUCACCAUCCACCCAAAAGGAAGUUUUUCUAAGUGGUCUAGAAAGAGAAAUCAUAUGUGUCAGUUUAAAACGUGACCCCAAGAAUGGAUUUGGUUUUGUAAUUAUUGGAGGAGAAAAUGUAGGAAAAUUAGACCUUGGUAUCUUUAUCGCUUCAAUUAUCCCUGGGGGACCUGCAGACAGAGCUGGAAAUAUCAAACCAGGAGGACGACUCAUCUCUGUGAAUAAUAUUAGCCUUGAGGGUGUUUCAUUUAAUACUGCUGUUAAAAUCAUACAGAACUCUCCCGAUGAAGUGGAGCUCAUCAUCUCUCAACCCAAAGACAUGUAUGAAGAAGGACUAAAUGAAGAAAAGAAUCUAUCAAGAGGAAACAGCACUAGUGGAUCUGAGAUCUCUUGUGUAGACAGUGGGAGAAAAAAGAUUCAGGAUUGUCAUACAGCUCUCCCCAAAGAACAGGACACAAAUACAGAUGACCUUGAAAAGACUCUCUCUUGGAAUCUAGCAUCAAAAUUGGGCUCUAGGAUUGCAGUUCCUUCAGCUGAUAGCCUGGAUAUAAAGGCAGCUGAUUCUUCUCACUUACCAUCUCCAUCAGAAACAAACUCAAGGGAAGUCUAUGUGGUGGAGCUUGUUAAAGAAGACGGGACUUUUGGAAUCAGUGUGACUGGUGGAAUUAACACCAGUGUGCGUCAUGGUGGGAUAUAUGUGAAGUCAAUCAUUCCCAGGGGACCAGCAGAUAAGGACGGACAAAUAAAGAUAGGUGAUCGUCUGCUGGAAGUAGAUGGCAUCAGCCUCUGUGGCAUCACCCACAAACAGGCUGUGGAACACCUUAAGAAAUCUGGCCAGAUUGCCAAACUUGUUCUAGAAAGGGGAAACUACCAAUUGGCAGAGCCUUGUCUGACUGCUAAUGACAGAAAGGAGGACCACCGUGCAGUUGUUUCUGUGGCAACAUCCCUCACAGAUGGCACCAAGGACUGCUGCUUUUUGACAGAUGAUAACAUAUUUGGAGUGAAAUUAACCAAGAAUUCUGGAGGCCUUGGAUUUAGUGUUCUGCAGAUGGAAGGAGAUGCUUGCGAACACCUUGGAGGAGCUAUUGUCAGGAUCAAAAGAUUGUUUCCAGGGCAGCCAGCUGAAGAGAGUGGAGAAAUUGAAGUUGGAGAUGUCAUUUUAUCUGUGAAUGGGAAACCUCUCAAAGGGCUCCUGUAUCAGGAUGUCCUGCAUUUGUUAAGAGGAGCUCCUCGAGAAGUUACACUGCUACUUUGCAGACCACCAAAAGGUGUUCUUCCAGAAAUAGAGCAGAUUGCUCUGGUAAGGCAAAGCUUCUGACAGAAACUUGCAUCUGUAAACCUGGAAAGACACUGCUACAUUUUCUACCCAGUUUUGAA